CAACAGUCGCGAUAUAAACAGUAUCGUUUCGCGCUCCUUACGAUCAGCUCUGAACAUGCCGUUCUUAAGCGCCAGUCUUCUUAUAGAUUUCGCUCCGUAAAACGCACCUUCUGUUCGUACAUCAGUUUUCAAUUCUAGUUUUGUUUAUCCGAAGAAAAAAGUCGGGAUUUUCCCCCGAAGUGGCCAACACCAUUUGCGCUUCCGGUGCGUGCUCUUCAGCAAUUCCUUGGUGAUUAUUCGGGACUUCCCCAGAUUUUCAGUGCGAAUCUCCGAUUGGGUGUGAAAGUGGCUGGCGAAAAAUUUCGGAAAAAGUGCUCAAAAUAAUUUAGUUUGUAUUCGAAGAACGAAACCGAAGUGAUUUACAGUAACAUGCUACUUUCUCUGGCUAAUUAGAAUAACAAACGAGCAUCCUGAGGGUGUCCUGUUAAUAAUCUUUCAAUAGCACCAGCCGAGGAUUAUGGACUAUUUUGUAGCCCAUCCAUUUUUGUCACCCCCUUAAUACGCCAGAAGUUAACAAGAUAUCACACAAGACGCACUUCUGCCCAGAAUGUUAAAUGAAAAUUUCCAAUCAAUGUGGCCAUAUAGUGGCCUGGAACAGUAAGAAGUGGAUAAGACUUCAGGAGCGGGGGCCGGUGCUCCCCCCCACGAAAAUCACCACCGCCUGCACUGGCUACUAUGCUAAUUGCACAUUGUUUCCAAGCCCUUGUCGCGUUGCUCGGCUUGGCCGCUGUAUUUCAACAGGUGAAAUCUCAAGAGCAUUACAACGAUACGUUAAUAGAUCAUAGGAUGAAGAGGAGCCCACGUGGAAACAAGCAUCGACACGCCAUCCAUUCAGACGAACGACCGUUUUUUCAUGGUAGAUACUACCCAUACUCGCACAACAGAGCCCUGAAAUUCGACCCAGGCCAAAUGCUGCUUCCAAGACAAAACAAGCAGCUGUUGGACUACGAAUACGGACUGAUGGGCAACCAGGGACCGGGCGUGGAUUGUUGUCCAUCCGUGAUCGAAAUGGUGGAACCAGAAGGAGGAAAGAACGACCAGGACAUUUACGUGGAAUUGUACAAGAGCGAUAACUACCGGCAACGGUUCUUCGAGGUUUCUUGCCAUAAGGAUGUCCUGAACAAACCUUGUCGCUUCAUGGACAAGAAAAUACACCAAUCUUCAAAGUGUGUGCAGCAGCACACGUUCACGUAUGCCCUGGUGAAAGACACUCCAGACCAUCGAAACAAGAAUCUGCCAACGUUUCCUGGCGCCGAUGCAGGAAACAAAACCUACACCUUGGAUUACAUCAGUGUUCGGAGUGGAUGCAGUUGUAUGGUGACGCCUAACAAUACUCGAAGAAACCAGAAAAAACAUAAAGAUAAAGUUCACAAAAAGAAGCAUGCAGCAACGAAAAAUGUGCCAGUAUUUCCUGAGACUGCAAUUGAUAGGAGUAAGAGGUAAAUCGAUGCCGUCCACGAUGAUUUUGCAGAGUGAAACUUGUUCAAUUCCAACCAAUUUCAACAAGGUUUACAAAUUCGACUCUCGGAAUCAUCCAUCGUGGCUAUGCGGGUAGAAUUUUUAAUUCUAAAUACCAAAGUGAUUUUUCGCGCUUUAAGUGUACAAAAUAGUUCGCAUGUGUAAUGCGAUUAUCCUUAUACGUUUGGGAUAUUUGGGGCUCUGUUUCGCCGAUUAUUUUGUAUUUAGCUCGUAGCUGUAACUAAUUAAGGCAGACUGCAAAGAAACUCUCGUUGAAAACUUUAAUAUUGAACAUUCCAUUUUUUUUUGUAUAGUGCGAAUAUUUUUGUGAGGCUGACUUGAAUGAGUCCCAGUGUUAAAAACGCGCUAUAGUUCUGACUGAACGUUUAUCACUGAUUUCUAGUCCCAUAGCAACAUAGAAUAGACGUUGAAUGUACUUUGUUUUGACACUUUGCAUGUUUGUACAAAAGUUUUUUUUUAAUUUUAAUUUGUUGGUUUUUCAUUAUCAGAAUGAACUAUGCGAAUAUUGAGAACCCGGGAAGUUUGCUUGAGCAGAAACAAUCUGGCCCAAUAAAAUUCUGCAAUUAAACUGGUAGUUAAAAGUUUUGUAACAAAAAGUGCAUAUGAUUUUUUUAUGGCCUAAAACAACUAAUUGCAUUUAAUCUUGUUUUUUUUUCACCCUUUUCUCAGUCGUUUUAUUAUGCCGCGCGCUCUUGCCGCUCAAUAGUCGUGAUUUCCAAACAGUUUGCUUUUGUGACGUAAACAGAGAAAUUUGUUAGUCGUUAUACAUCAUCCAGUGUAUAGAAAGUUUGAUUUUGCAACGUAAAAAUUUAUUUUUUAAAGUUCGUUAAGUCGUUCAGUUAAUUUUAUUUUCUCAGAUACAAGUCUACAGGGUGAUUUAAUUUCAGUAGAUUGUAGAGACGCAUUUUUAAGUCAAACUACUCUCACUAGCGUAGCCAUCAAAAUAUUUAGUGGAUCCAACCGAAAUACAUCACAAAAUUGCAUAAAAAAUCUAUUUAUUCGAAUUUUCAAAAAAUGUUCAUUAGUUCUGGGCAUAAUUUUGCACUAAUUUUCAUGGCUUUCUAGUUCGCAUAUCCCACUGUUUGCUUGUCUUAGGAUUGUUAAUUUAUCGAUCACCUAAUCAGCCUUUGCUUAAUAAAUUGGCUAAAAAGAUUUCAAAUCAAAACUAAAAAUAAAAUAAAAAUUAUGAAAUGACAUUCAGAAUAAGCAAUUUGAAUAAAACCGAAUUAUGCAAACACAUCUAAGAAACGUUCUUUUACCUACUAUGCAUUUUCUUUUCUUGAGUAAUCACGAUCGAUUAACAAUUUUCAGGAAAAUAGUUAGUUACGACUUUUUCAGUCAACUUCUUGGUCUCGGUUAUAGCUUGAAAGAGGCACAUUUGUGGCUCACCGUUUUAUUGUGAAACUUUGAACCCUGUAUACACUUGAAAAAUGUACUUUGCUAAUUUUAACAAACCUUCGAUACUUUUGAGACUCAGGAAAACUUCUUCGGGGGUUUAACACUGUAAUGACAAAACAUUAUGUAAUAUUUGCUAAGCUUAAAUUGAAAAUAGUAGAUCUAAAUAGUUAGUUUUAAGAUGCAUUUUACUGAUAUACAGUAUUAUUUUUCCAUGUUGAUCACGUGAAUUAAGUCAAUUUCCUAAUGCUUUAGACACACUUAGACGAAAACAAAGUAUGUUGGACUAUACGCGCUCUAUUAAUCACGUCAAUUAUUUCCCUGGAUCAGUUGAUCCACAAAACUAUCUCGAAUAUUUAUUAGGUGCUUAAUAAACGAUCGAAAAUCCAUUGAAUGUGUUGACUCUAUGUUAAGAUUGAACUUCUAUGGGAUUUUUGAAUGGUAUUUGCACUAAGCUGUUGAUAACCAUGUCCGAACUUAGACUGAUUAAUUGUUAAUAAGUAUUGCCAUAUAAAUUAGUAAAAGUAUUCAAACUCCCGCUUUCUGAAACUUAAUGAAGUUGAAUAUGUUUAUAAACUAAUAUUAAUAGAAUUUAUCGGUAUGAUAACGCUACUUUUUAGCUUAGGUUUGAGCAGUUACCGUAAUCUAGGUGUGCAAGUUUACGUAUUAUUAAGUAAUGCACUAAACAUACUAAUGGAUUUCACUGUAGUUAAAAAGUAUAUACUCUUGAAUACAAAUUAGGUUCAAAUGCAAUGCUGCUCUUAUAUUUCUCGCUCUAAUACAAGAAUGUAGAUAUUUGACUUUGUAAAUAUUACGCUUUGCCUAGUGGAAUAUUCUUGCAACUUGUUAAACGCAACCUUGCUAAAUAUUCAUUUUUUCAAAAAACUACGAUUUUUCCUUCACGCAAUGUAGAUAAGUAUAUUUCAACCUGUACGUAUCCUUUUCCGACUUAUUUAUUUUCUACGCUCUUUUAGAGAUAAGUAUGUGUUAAAAGUAUUAUUUAUUUUUGUAUAAAUGUGGUUAAUAAGAUUGAUUUUAACUUUGUUUAACGUCUACUCGUUUUAAAUUUUUAUACUCACUUUGACACUCACUAUCUCUCUCUAUUUAAUCUAAUAGCAAUUGAAAAUAAAUAUAUUUAAAUGUGAAAAACCCCUCCUAUAUAUGAACGUUGCACCAGUAAAGUGUAACAAAUAAAA